UCAGUUCAGUCGAAGCAGGAGCAAGGAGAGGGCAGAAAGCGUAGAGAUCGCUCUCGGUUUUAUUAUGCUAAAUUUGAUCAGCAUUUUCCAAUCUAACCGGUCGGACUCAUGGUGAAGAGAAAGAAGACGUCGCCUACUAGCGAAGAGCACGAAAAUGGCAUGACACUGGGCUCCAGGGAGGGGAUCGGUGUCGAUGGGAGGAGGAAUCCGUCCAGAAAGCCCGAAGGUUGCGACGAGGAGGAGAGCGGAGAGCAGGCGAGCGAGGAGCGCAGUACAAAGGGAGACGACGGAGAGGAGAUCCUUAAUCCAUCAGCCCCGGCUCUCAGCCCCGGUCCAGCUCCGGUGCUGCCCGCCUCUCCACCGAACCGAGCCGGGCUUGGCUGUACCGAGCAGUCCCAGACCUCAGCGGAUCCCACCCCUCCUUGUCACGACCAGCAUCAUUUUCUCCGAUCAAGCGUCCGACCUCCGAGCAAACGCAUCCGGAAAGAUUCAAUCGGCUCCACCAUCAAUGGACACGGCGGGGCAAAAUCCAAAGGGGCGGAGAACGGCUCUUCCUCCCAGGGGGCAGUGGGACAGUCGGGGCCAGUGGCCGGCUCCACAGGGGGAGUGUCGAAAGCCUCCAAGGGCCAAGGGUCUGCUGAGAAGGAGGAGCAGGCUGGCAACCAGAAGAGGGCCAGGCGGCAGUGGGAGUCCUGGAGCACAGAGGACAAAAACAGCUUUUUUGAGGGACUCUACGAGCAUGGGAAGGAUUUUGAGGCUAUCCAGAACAACAUCGCAAUGAAAUACAAGAAAAGAGGCAAGCCAGCCAACAUGGUGAAGAACAAGGAGCAGGUUCGACACUUUUACUACCGGACCUGGCACAAGAUCUCCAAACACAUCGACUUUGCAACUGCGUACUCCAGAGUGCUGAAGAAAUCCUCCCAAGAACUGUACGGCCUCAUCUGCUACGCCGAGCUCCGCAAGAAAGUUGGAGGGUUGAUGGACGAUAAGAACGUGGCAAAGCUGAACGAAUUAAUCCAGCAAGGGGCCACCACGGUGCGCUCCAAAGGGAGGAACUUACGAAUCAAAGCGCCGAUGUGCCGAGCCCUGAAGAAACUCUGUGACCCAGACGGAGUUAGCGAUGAGGAGGACCAGAAGCCGGUGCGUCUCCCCCUGAAGGUGGCAGUGGAGCUCCAGCCGCGCAGUAACCACUCCUGGGCUCACGUUCAGACCCUCGCCCACAACCCCCGCCUCAGGAUGGUGGUGGAGCUCCACAGGAAAGUCUCCAGCCUCAUAGAGUAUCUGAAACAGAAGUGGACGUAUCACGACCAGCGGAUCCUCAAGAGUCUGAUGGAGAGGGAGGCUCUGGAGGGCGGCCAGUCCGGCACAGCCUCUUCCGGUAAAUCCCAGCAGGAAGAGCUCUUCCUCUACCCCGCUGAGAGCAGCACUCUGACCACGCUGCCCGGUGUGGCUCGUGUGGUCCACUCCAAGGCCUCCUGCACUGUACACUGGCUGGAAAGUGGCAAGACCCGGCCGAACGCCAAGGAGCUGCCGGCUGCUCAGAUUCUGGGUAUUCACACGGCCCAACCACUUCGGACUGGUGCUAAAUCUGGGCGGGGAAGCGGUGUCGCUGCUGGAUCGGGUGAUGGUCGACGAACUGAGCCUCUUAACCCAGAGCCUUCACAAGACUGUUCUCCAAAGGUAGAGGAGAAGACUAUGACUGCCUCCUCGCAGCAGACUGUGGCUCAAAGGGAAGAGGGGAUGUGGGAAGGGGGAAGCUCUACUGGUGUGGAGGCUUGUAGUGGUUUAGCAGGGACUAAAAGCAUGGAUAAGUUGUGUAGCGGUACAGAAAGUUCAUUGGGUCAGUGCGAAGAAGAGCCGAUGACCUGCACGUCUUCCCCAGAAGCUAACCAGACGCCACCGGGAAAGAAUCCGUGCUCGGAAGAGGGAAUGUUGCAGGGAUCCAAAGAGCGAGCUGUGGAGCAGAUCAGAGGCGAGGGCUGGAGCGCCCGCGACGCAGAGAACGUGACUCUGGCCGAGCUCUACCUGAUGUUCGGGAAGCCUGGCAAGCUGCAGCUGGAGUACGAGUGGCAGCCCAUCGGCACUCCUUUCAGCAACCAGGAAAAUGGACAAGCUUCGGGUCAGCUGAAGCCCAACAGGACACAGCGGGUCCUGCGCUGCCUGCUCAAACUGGUCGCAACUGAGGUCAAUCCUAAACCAUUGGCUCCAGAGCUCUGCCCCACAUCUCCUCUGAAGAACCAUCAGGAGGAUCAGAACCAGGCCCAAACACCCCCAGGGAAGGGUCCCCUAGCAGGGGUACGCAGCCCCAGCUUCGGCCGGCAGCCGCCCUCUCUCCGAGGGGCCCGGCUGCACCUGCCAAACGCUGGAGUCUCAGGUGGACGCAACCUCCCCCGCUCUCUGCUGGGGUCGACAGCAGGCAGCGAGGCAGAAAGCGGCGUGUUUGCAGUUCCCACCACGCUGCCCCCCAACAGCUCACGGCACAACAGAAUGUUCUCCCCCAACAAGGAGGCCGAGCUCGCCCUCAAACAGCAGCUCGACUCUAUCAGUAUGCAGUCAGAUAUUUUCCUUUCAAGACAAAGAAAACCUCGAAACAGGCAACUUCGGAAACCACUUGUAGUUCAGCGAACACUCCUACCCCGAACUACUGGAGACACUCCGCAGCACGUCUGCUCCUUCUCCAUCCUCUCCAACUCCUCUGCCACAGGAACUGGAUCUUUCCGGCCAAUCCACACUCGCCUGGCUCCUUCCUCCCGCCCCCUCCAGUCCAAAGCUUCCCCGUCAGCGUCCAGCUCAGCAGCCGCCAGCCAGCUCUCCAGUGCCAUUGACCUGGCAGCCAAGUCGGCAGGUAUCAUCCCCGGCAGUCCCUGCAGAGAGCCGGAUUCUCUCACUGCUCAUACCGCCCUGCUCAACUCCACACCCUCUGUUGAUGCUGAACCUGGACCUCAACUCCUCCAGCACAAUGUCCCAGAGAAUGGUCAUCUCUCACCUUCCCCCAGAGCGAGCGGGGGUGCGGACUCUCUCCUCGCUCCCCCCAGCGUGGCCUCGCUGCUGGACAUCUCUCUCCCCGGUCCCCCUGAAGAGACUCCUGGAGAAUCUCACACACACAUCAGCGACUCCCUCAUCGAGCUCGCCAUCAACUCGGCCCACUACGGUGCAGGCGAGGAGGCCGGCCUCUCUCCCGCUAAGCUGAGCAACAACGACGGCUCCAAACUGUUGUCGUCGUCCCCCUCCGUCAGCCCGUCCAGAGGCUGGAUCCCAUCGCCCAGCCACGACCCCCAGUGGUACCCCAGCGACUCGUCUGACUCCACGCUGGGAUGCCUCCUCUCCAGCAUGGUCUCUCCUGAUAAGGGCAAGCGGACCACCCUCACCCCCUCCGGCCCCUCCAGCGGCACGGCUCUGCUCGGACCCAGCCUCCUGGACUGCAACUCUCACGAUUCCUUUCAGUCCCGUGGCCUUCCAGAUGUGGCAGAAAUGGACUCUCAGCUGGCCUGUAUGAUGAGUGAGAGCAGCGUGGACUACAUCGCCCGCUUCAACGACCUGGCUCAGGAGCUGGCUGUGACGGAGCCCCCCCCCCCUGAGGAGACCAGGCUCCAACGACCCUCGGCCAUCUGGAGGACAUGAGUCCGCGCCGUUAAGACUGAGAAAAGAUGGCUGUGGAGAAAGAAAGAAAGACCCCCCCCCCUCUCCCUCUCCCACUCCCACUCCCAAAGCUUCCUCCCUGCCCUGUUUGUAAAAGUGCAAUAAUAACAGUGAGCCUUGAGCGUUGUUCGACAGCGAGUUUGAAACUGGUUGGCUCCACUGAACUGUUCUUUAAGUUGAGAUGCCCUUUAAUAAGAAACACUUUAGUAAAAAAACAAACAAAUGCGUUUACAAAACACAACCUCAUGUACAGGAAAAUACUAUGCCAUAUCUGAACAAAAUCUUUUCACUGAUCUUUUAUGCGACGUCUCUUCCUGCUCUCUGUGUGUUUGUCUGACUUCUAAGCUCUCAAAUGAACCCCCCCAAAAAUACAGUGUGCAGAUCAGACCCCAGCUGCUGGAGGUUUUUUUUUUACAUUAAUGGCAUUGAGAAAAAAGUUGAAAAUGGUAAAUACUUUUUAUUUGGUAAUCGGGUUGCAAAGGUAGAGCAUAACACAGCAGGUGCAGGAAAGUACAAUCAUUUGAUACGGCCCUCUGUUUCACAUGCUCAGGUUUUAUUUGUUGCAUUUAAGGAACAUAUCCUGCCAUGCGUGUUUGGAAUCAGGUUUCUUACGAUCAAAUGUCCCGUGGAAAAAAAAAGGCAGCUUUUCUUUUGGAGGAUCCUCUCCAGCAGCCAUUCCAUUUCAUAUUUCUUGAGAUGAUAAAACUGACUGCUAAGGGCUUCAGGUUGGUUUGUUGUCGCUUAAAACAUGGAAGAAGCGAGUCGAGAUGUUUCACCCAUAAUGUGACUUACCACGCUUUCAUUUUCAACAUUUCAACUCUUCCAGUCAGAAGUAACUUCUAGAAAUCAAACACUAAAGCCAUAGUUGACACAAAGUUGUGUUGUCAUUCUUUAAAUCAAAAGUAAAGCCUUCUGAUUGGUUGUGCUGAGACGAUAAUUCCCCAUUGAGAAGUGCUGAUACUGAUGCUAACAAAAAAACACUAUGGCUAACGUUUCACCAUUACAUAAACACACAAUUUCAGACGUCUUGCAUCCAGAUUUGUUACACAUUUCGAUUAACCAGCAUCCUCUUUAUGCAGUAUUGUCGACAUUUCGUCUCAUCAACACGAGGGUAAAUUGUAGGAGAGCUCUUGUUGUCAUUCCACAUCUUAAAUGUUUGUCUCCUCCAUGCACCUUCAGGGCUUUGACUCUACGAUGGAAAAGCUCUUGUGCUGUUUAUUCGUUUGUGAAAAAAGGCUUCAUCUUCUCACACUAGAUACAACGAAGAUGAUUCUUAAUAAGGAAUAAACAGCAGGUUUGUUUUUUGUGGUCGAAGGAUUUAUUUGUACAAAUGUCGAUUCCAGUAUUCACUGCGCUUUUGUAACUUAACGUAAAUUGUCAUUUGGAUUAUUUAUUAUAAACAUUUCAGAAUUUUUUUUGUUUAACUUAAUAUUAAGAAGACAUCUAAAAAGGAAAAACCUGUUUGUAAAAAAGUGUUUUUAUUCUGCGUAUAAAGAGUUAUAAAAACCUG